AUGCAACGGAGGAAAGUGACAACGAGUUGUUAUGGUUUUGUGGUAAAAUUAUUGUUCAAAAUAAAAAUCGCCGGAAGGACGAUGACUCUGUUCCAACAACCACGCUGGCUGCGAAAAUGGAUUCGACGCCGAACAAAUCCAAUACCGAUGGACCGGGCGCAUCUUUGGAAACGUCGCUUGAGCUUAUUCUACGCAAUAGUGGCUUGGAAUGCUUUCGGAGGCGUUUGUUACAUGAUCUACACCGGGCGCAAUGAUUGGGCUAAGUUUUAUGGGUACAAAAGUGAGGAAGAAGCACAGCUGCCACAGGCCGUUCGUUUUGCAAAGCAGCUCAAUCUUCCGAACGCAAAAGUCGUCAAGCUAACCGGGCUCACCAAAACAGACGAGUACGAACUGAAAGAUCAUCAAGUUUUGCGCCAAGCUGAUGGCAGUGCUAGUGUAGAAAAGUAGAACCAUGCGUAGCGCUUUGUAUGAAAUAUUUACUUUAUUCGUGUAAAAAUAAUAAUGAUAUAUGAAAGAUGUA